AAUAAGGAACGCGUGACAACAUUACGUGCAUUUCAUUAUCAGUUACGUCAGACUGGUUGGCAAAGGAGAAGGUGCUGAGAGGCGAUCACACAACACAAAAAAAACCCAGCGAAACCUUGACCUCAUCUGCUUACUGCAAUAUUCAACCGCUGCCUAUACGAACAUAACAAAACAAGAAACAGCAGUUGUAUUUCACUGUGUAAGGACGCUGAAGAGUAAAGCUGGCAGAUUUCGUUAGCCUAAUUGGCAAGAACGUACUGUUCUCCACAGGUUGCUCUGACUGAACCGCUGAGGAUGUCAAGCGAUCCCCCUCCUCCGUACCCUGGGGGUCCCAGUGCCCCCCUGAUGGAAGAGAAGAAUGGGCAGCCACCCAUCUCAGGUCCAGUUCCUCUGAUGACCCACACUCAAGGGCACCCAGUCUAUCCAGAGUACGGCCCGCCUCCCUAUGAGCCUCCAACACAGCCUGGGUUUAUACCCCCCCAUGUACCAGGAGAGGGGGGCAUGGCUUACCCACCCUAUGCUGGGUACUAUCCCCCUCCCGGCCACUUCCCACAGUCUAUCCCUGGGCAGUACGCUCCCGGCCCCGGGCACUACCCUUCUCCGGGGGGGCACACAGCCACGGUGAUCGUGCCGCCGGGUGCUGGCACCACGUUGACGGUGCUGCAGGGGGAGAUGUUCCAGGCAGCGCCGGUCCAGACGGUGUGCCCCCACUGCCAGCAGGCGAUCACCACCAAGCUCACACAUGACAUCGGCCUCAUGAACACACUCUUCUGUCUCUUCUGCUGCUUUGUGGGGUGUGACCUGGGCUGCUGUCUGAUCCCUUGCGUGAUUGACGACCUCAAGGAUGUGACGCACACCUGCCCCAACUGCAAGGGCUACAUCUACACAUACAAGCGCAUGUGCUAACAGUCAUGCCUGGUGUUAUAGCUCCCCCUUGUGGAAUGUCUGUGGUAGCGACAGCAUUUCUUUCUUUUAACGUUUCAUUUCGCCAUGUUUACAUAGCAGUGCUUUCUCCAGUCAUACUGUAGUGUUUGUUAAGGUCAGUAGCUGUGAAGGCCUUACUGGGAAUCCACAAAGCUCAGCAAAAGGGUAUUACAAAUAAAUAGAGUUUUUAUAUUUGAUAAGACUUUACUAAGGGAAUAAUAGGCACUGUACUCUUACCUCUCAUCCUGCCAACCUUGACAUCAGGGAUAAUGAACUUUAUAAAACUACAAAAUGAAAACAAAAGCAAAACAUAGGGUUUUCUUUAAGUGUGGCGCAGUGUAAGUGUACAGCUUAUCAGUAUAGACCAUAAUUUUAUUAUCUUGCGCUUAUUGUAACGGACAGGAUAUUGGAAGUUAUAUAUAUAUAUAUAUAUAUAUAUAUAUAUAUACUAUAUAUAUAUAUAUAUAAUAUAUAUAUAUAUAUAUAUAUGACUUCUCUAUUUGAAGGUCCACUCUUAGCGCAUUAUUGAGAUUCCAACUACAUUUCUGUUCCGUCGUAGCUCGAUCCCCACUGAAGUCUUUUUUUCUGCUGUAGCACCAUCUUGUCUUAUCAGAGUUCGAACUCAAGAGGUACCUGGUUCUGUUGAUCAGCUACAAUACACAGCACAGGCAUUUUCUGUUCCAUUUCUAAAAAGGGACAUCCCUUUAAUAAAGAGGCAGUUUAAGAGGUCAAGUGUUACAGAGAACUGUUUUAAUCCAUAGGGAAUUUUCAUCUCUUUUGUGUUCUUUAGUAAUAAUGCCAUAGGCUCAUUGGCAGACGUUUUAUGUAGGCUGCAAGCUCACCUAGUGCAGUGAACAACUUUAGGUUUGAAUCAUGUAUCGGAAUUGUCAAUGUGUCAAGUCAGACUCCACAUUAGAACAUAGAAGCAGAUUGUCUAAUAAAACUGCCUAUUUUUAUUAUUAUUUUAUUAUACAUGAGGUAUAAGUAGAUGUUAACUGCACUUGCCAUAAAAUACAAUUCUGCUUGCCAGAUAAUAUAGAACGUUGUAAAGGUCAGAAGCAUUGUUCCCUAGUUUUUUAUUUUAUUGUCAUUUUUAACCAUGGUAAUA